AUGAUCGACGCGACGCAGAAAACGCCGUCCAUGUCCGGAACGACGGAGGAUUUCGAGGAGGAAGAAACGUUUAAGAAGGAGAAGGAGAAUCACGCGAUGGAAACAUCGAGCGAUGAGGACGACGAAGACAAAGAAGACAAAGAAGACAAAGAAGGAUCAUCCGAAGAAGAAGAGACGCAAUCGAUUUCGACGCCAACGAGACUGCAACAAAGACGAGCGAGUUCCGGAGGAGGAGGACAAGGACAAGGACAAAAGCGAAGAGCGUCGAUGGAAACGAACGAACUCUCCGGCGUACCGACGAUAACGUCGAAGAAGUUAAAGAAAAAGAAGACAAAGUCAAAGAAGAAGAGGAAAAGUAAUAAUACCGAUGAGAGUAACGACGGCGAGGACGGUAAUAAUACUCCGCUGGCGGCGCACGCGAAGCGACUGCGACGAGCGAAGCGGUUGUGCUUCGAGUUGGCCGCCGCGAGCGCGACUUUGAAAGAGUUGGAGGCGAAGUACGCGACGAAGAGUAAAGAUGUCGUUUACGUCGUUGCCGUCGGUUCGUCUUCGUCUUCCUUGAAUAACGACGAUAACAACAACAACGGUGGUCGUGGUGGUGGAAAUGAAGUCAUCUCGAGAUGGUUCGAGAGACAAAAGGAAGCGCAAAUCAAAUGGAGACAGUUGACAAAAGAGUUGGUGGACUUGGAGACGGAGUUGAAGAAAAGAGCGAACGAAGUCGACGUGUACAACGGCGGCGGGAAUAUGCACGCGUUGAAAGCGGAAGAGGCGGCGUUGUUAAGGUACGUGCAAUUCGCGCUCUACAGAGCGAAACCGACAACGAACAUCGGGGAAUUGAGAGACGACGAGGUGUGCAAAGCGUUGGAGAAGGUGGUGAAAACGCACGGCGUGCGAUUCGUGCUUUCGUUAUCGACGGUUUCGAAACAGUUCCAAAGGUGCAUUCGGUCGCCGUUGGUGUGGAAAUCGAAUUUUAAUCUUUCCACGGAGACUGGAAUUUCCGAUCGGAACUUGUUGGAGAUUUUGAAAGAGGACGACGCGAUGAGUUUGUGCAAGAACAUACGAUUGGAUGGUUGUAGAUUUCUAACCCAACGAAGCAUUUUGAAGUUGUUGAAACGCGCCGGGAAAUCGAUCGAAACGUUAUCGAUGGUGAACGUAGCUGGGGUGACGGAUGCAGUCAUGCAAUUCAUCUGGGAAAAUUGUCCGAACAUUCACACGUUAGACGUGCGCUAUUGCGAAAACUUAGACGCUAAUCUAACGUUACUUAACCCUCACUCUCACAUGAGAGUACUGAGGUUGUACGGGUGCCGGAACUUGCGAGGUCGCGUGCCGUUGAAUCAUUUUCUCAACCUCGUCGUGACGUUGGAAAAUUUUCACGAAGAAGAGGAUAAUAAAAUUGAAAAAAUUUCCGGGAUUAGAUUGCACGAAUUGAAAGCAAAAAACGACGGCGUGGUGGUAUAUCGACGCGACGACGAAACCGUGACCGAAGAACAACGAAAAAUUGCGAGAGAGGUAGAAGCCGAACACGCGUGCGCGAUUGACGUCGAGAGACUCAUUUUUAGCACGCGAGAUAAGGUUCAAAAGUGGCAAAGCAACGAUUUUGUAGGCAUCGCGGCGUGCGAACACGCGGCCGCCGUGCAGCACGGCAAUCCUUUGGCGGUAAACGUGCUCACGUUGAUGCCGAGAUGCGGGCACGUCAUGUGCGACCGGUGCGAGCUCGACGCCAGACGACACAUGGUGACGCACGCGCGAGACAACGGGCCGAAUUCGUAUUCGUACCCAUGUCCGGCGUGUAACAUUCCGAUGCCUCCGCCGGGUGGAUUCUCGAUCGAGUUGUUAAACAACACGAUUGAAUAG